UCGAGUUUAGAAAGUGUGUAAGAAAUUUAACUGCCUUUUCAAAAUGCAACACACUUGGCAACAUCGUGGUGGCGCUGGCAUCGCCACCUAGGAACGUAUCGCGGCUGAUAGACGUCAUCGCUAAUCAAAUGUCAACAAAGAACAAAAUCGUAAAUAACCGACAACAAUAUGGGUCGCAAGUGCGAGUUUUAUUGGUGUUCCAAUCGACAAGGUGUUACGCUGGGAAAAUCGUUCCAUAGCUUUCCAAAAGAUACCGAAUUGUGUCGGCAAUGGGUGUCCCGCUGUGAAUCUCGUGCGCUACAGGAGCUGUUCGACCAGCAUGGAAUAGAACCAUUCACCAGGAAAAAACUAUGUUCUGAUCACUUCUCCAAUGAGGCUUUUCGAAAUGCUAGAAGACCAGACAUUGGGCUUCUUCCUGAUCAAAUUCCACUUGAUGACGGUUAUCAAGCGAGAAUUCACCAGAACGUCUACGCUCAAGAUGGAAUUGAAAUUUGUGAAGAUAUGCAGCGCAAUGUUUUGGAUGCAAUGGAAUUCAUAGAGGAUGACAAAGAUUUUUGGGAAUGGUGGUUAAUUUACAAGCGCCAUGAGACAAACGCUCAAAUAAAAGAGUACCAAGCUGACGAACCGGAAACAUGUACAGCGAUCGUGAAAAAUGUUGAGGAAGUAAAAAGCGAGUGCAUAAACGAUCCGCGUUCUAGUGAGUCAGCUGUUUUCCUAGGAAAUCGUCCAGAAAAUAUAAUGGUAUCGACUAUGAUCUUCCCUGCUCUUGAUUCAUCCGUGUACAACGCUUCCAAGAGCACAUCUGAAGAUGAAUAUUGUUCAUAUGAUGACAGUGCUUAUUACACCCCCACGAAAUUGAUCCAAUACGUACCACCAACAAAUGCUGGAAACAACAAUUUGGGUUCUAGUUAUGAGCCACUGGAACUGGAACAAAAGUAUGUCCAAAUCUUGAAGCAAAAACUCAAUGAGCUUAAACGCCAGUUGUUCGUGACUAGACAAACUAGUAAACGUCGACUGGAGGCACUGAGAAAAAGAAAGGGUCAAAUCAAUGAACUAAAAAAAAGCAUACGGCAACUGAAGAAACAGAAGGCAUCAAAUGAAGCACUAGGAGAGCAGGCUAAAAAAAAUCCCAUAGUUUUUGACUCACUGCGCAAUGCUUUGCGAAAACCAAAAGGACGUCGGUACCUGGGAGGGAGCUCUCGAUACUACACAUCAAAUAAACAAAUACUGUCGUCAGGCAACAAGAAAAUUUUCUACAAGAAUAAACAAUCAACGUAG